AUGAAUGUUAAAAAGUGUACUGUCGAACCAAAAGCAGAACCACCACCAAUAUCUCCGUGUACUUUGCAGAAAAUAAAACAGUUGAAACAAGCUGGAAAAACAAUUUGUCCCAAGGAACCGAUUCCCGAGCCAGAGCCUGCGCCGGAGUGUAUCGCAUUGUGUAUUGAGCGGAUUAAAAAUUUCCCAAUACCACCAACGCCUAAUUUUCCUAUAGUUUGCGUUGUAGAUAGAGAAGAAACUGGUACAAAUAGGUGUGAUGCUAUAGCCUACGCUGAAGCAUUACAACCUGACCUACCUUGGCCCGGCUGUCCACCUCCUCCACCACUCCCCCCACCACCAGAAAUAAAUCUUUGUGAAGUACAGAAAAGAAAACAAAGAAUAGAAAAGUGCAAGGAAAGUAGAAGAAGAUACUAUCCUUAA